UGGAGCGUGCAGCUGGGUGUUUGCGGAGAAGAGGUGGCCCCUAUAAAACUGAACCAGCUACAGAUUUGACUAAAUGGAGGCUGUCUAAUGUUGAGGGUAGACAGACGUGGAAGUAUAUUGACUACAGAGAAACAGAAGACAGGCCACAGACAAUGCUGGAGCUACAUUCAUUGGGGCUUGACACUAGUAAAUUUACCGGGAAUUUACCAAGAGCUGCGACACCAAAAGAGGCAGUUCUGCAGGGAAUGACAUUUUAUGCAAAGCUACAAGCUGAGGAUGGACAUUGGGCUGGGGACUAUGGCGGACCCCUAUUUCUUCUACCAGGGCUCCUGAUUACCUGUCAUGUGGCCAAAAUAUCAUUGUCAGAGGCUCAGAGGAAGGAGAUGGUUCGAUACCUGCGCUCAGUACAACUUCCCGAUGGCGGAUGGGGGUUGCACGUGGAGGACAAGUCAACAGUGUUUGGAACAGCGUUGAAUUACACAGCCUUACGAAUACUAGGUGUCGGACCAGAUGACCCUGACCUGGUGCGGGCAAGAAAUAACCUUCAUGAUAAAGGUGGUGCUGUUGGAAUCCCAUCCUGGGGUAAAUUCUGGUUGGCAAUUCUUAAUGUCUACAGCUGGGAAGGAAUGAACACCUUGUUUCCGGAAAUGUGGCUCUUCCCUCGAUGGGUACCGGCUCACCCUUCCACCUUGUGGUGUCACUGUCGGCAGGUCUAUCUCCCGAUGAGUUACUGCUAUGCCGUGCGGCUCACUGCACAGGAAGAUGACCUCAUUCUCAGCCUGCGACAGGAGCUCUAUGUUCAGGACUACAGCUCCAUUGACUGGCCUGCCCAGAGAAACAAUGUGGCGGCAAGUGACCUGUACACCCCACACAGCCAGCUUCUCACCAUCGCAUACGCUUUUCUGAACAUGUAUGAGGAUCACCACAGCACCAGUCUGAGGAAGAAGGCAGUCACAGAACUCUAUGACCACAUCGUAGCUGACGACAAAUUCACAAAGUGCAUUAGCAUCGGACCAAUUUCCAAAACCAUCAACAUGUUAGUUCGCUGGUAUAUGGAGGGUCAUGAGGGCCCUGCUUUCCAGGAACAUGUUUCUCGUAUCCCAGACUAUCUCUGGCUUGGCCUUGAUGGACUCAAGAUGCAGGGCACCAACGGAUCACAGCUCUGGGAUACAGCUUUUGCUGUCCAGGCCUACCUUGAGGCAGGAGCUCAGGACAUUCCGGAAUUCACGGCCUGUCUCCAACACGCCCACGAGUAUUUCCGAAUCUCUCAGGUUCAAGACAAUCCUCCAGAUUAUGAUAAGUAUUACCGUCAAAUGAGUAAGGGUGGUUUCUCAUUCAGCACUCGGGACUGCGGCUGGAUUGUAGCAGAUUGCACAGCAGAAGGCUUGAAAUCCAUAAUGCUGCUGCAGGAGAAGUGUCCCUUCAUCAAGGAUCACAUUUCUGAGGAGCGACUGUUUGAUGCUGUCAAUGUGCUGCUGAGUAUGAGAAACCCUGACGGUGGGUUUGCCACAUACGAGACAAAGCGCGGGGGACGACUGCUCGAACUUCUGAAUCCCUCAGAGGUUUUUGGUGAUAUAAUGAUUGAUUAUACAUAUGUUGAGUGCACAUCUGCGGUCAUGCAAGCAUUAAAACACUUCCAUGAGAAAUAUCCAUACCACAGAGUGAGGGAGAUCCACGAUACUUUGGAAAAGGGCCUUGAGUACUGUCGGAGAAUGCAGAAUCCAGAUGGGUCAUGGGAAGGAAGCUGGGGUGUGUGCUUUACGUAUGGCACCUGGUUUGGUCUGGAAGCUUUUGCCUGCAUGGGACACACGUAUCAGAAAGGUGCUGCAUGCAAAGCAGUGACCCGUGCCUGCGAGUUCCUACUGUCCAAACAGAUGGAAGAUGGAGGGUGGGGUGAAGACUUUGAAUCGUGCGAGCAAAGAAAAUACAUGCAAAGCGCAAAGUCCCAAGUUCACAAUACAUGCUGGGCAGUAUUAGGAUUAAUGGCUGCCAGGUACCCUGGCACACGGGCAAUUGAGCGAGGGAUUGAACUCCUAGUGGCAAAGCAGCUACCAAAUGGGGAUUGGCCUCAGGAGAACAUUGCUGGUGUAUUCAAUAAAACCUGUGCAAUUAGUUAUACCUCCUACCGAACGAUCUUCCCGAUAUGGACACUGGGACGAUUCAUCAGGCAAUACCCGAGUAGUGCCCAAACUAUCAAGCUCAAACUCUGACAAUGAAAGCUGGUAAAUGUUCAUAAACUCCGAAUUGCCCACUUUGCUAGUAGAACACUAAACACAGUAAGGUAGCUGACAAUUUAUACCUUCUAACAAUGUGGGAAAUGGUCUGCUGUGUACAUAUUCCUUAGUUGGGUUCUGGAUCAUCGUGUGCCAAAUAACUGAGGGAAAACGGAAAGGACAGUGGAUGCUGUAAAUCAGAGACAAAAAUAGAAAUUGCUGGAAAAGCUCAGCAGAUGUGGCAGCAUCUGUGGCGGGAAAUCAGAGUUAAUGUUUUGGGUCGAGCGAUCUUUCCUCAGAUGUAAUGAUAGCUAGGAAAAAUGUCGGUUUAUAUGCAGAAGUAGGGUGGAGUGAGGGUGAAGGAGUAAACAAUAGGUGGGGAUAGAGCCCAAAGAGAGAGAGAAAAACAGUUGGAUAGACAGAGGAGUGAAUAAUGAUCUGGCUAGGAGGGUGGAUAGCUGUUAAUGGGGAUUGUUAAUGGCUAACAAUAUGUGGUGUGUAAGGUUUCCCAAGUGCCACUUCAUUCAUAAGUACAGGUCGGUGAGUCCUCUAGCAGUGCAUUGUUUCAACUGUGCUAUACCUCUGCACACACCCUGAGCUACUUCUUACAAUGUUGAACCACGGCAGUCACCUCUCCAUCCUGUCUGAGCUCCUUCUGCACUCUCUUUUGCGAAAACAUGCUUCCUAAUUCUGAAAUAAUUCAUGAAAUGCAAAGUGAUGCAUUUCAAAAGAUCUAAUGCAGGAGGUGAGCAUACAGUAGACACUGGACCCUGACUGGCAUCAAAGAGAUCUUGGUGUACAGGUCCAUAGUUCCCUGAAAGUGGCAACACAAGUGGAUAAGGCAGUCAAGAAGGCUCAUCACAUGUUUGCCAUCAUCAGUCUGGGUGUAGACUACAAAAAUUGGCAAGUCAUGUUGCAGCUGUAUAGAACUUGAGUUAGGCCACAUUUGGAAUAUUGUGUGCAGUUCUGGUUGCCACAUUAGCAGAAUGAAGUGGAGGAAUUGGAGAGGGUACAGAAACCGCUUACUCGGACAUUGCCUGGUUUGGAGGGUAGUGCCUAUGUUGAUAUUAGACAAGCUUGAUUCAUUUUCAUUUGAACUUCAAAGGGUGAGGGGCAAUCCAAUAGAAGUUUACAAAAUUAUGGAUAGAAUGGAUAGUUGGAGUCUGUAUCCCAGGAUAGAAAAACCAAUUACUAGAGGACAUAGGUUUAAGGUAAAAGGGGUAAGAAUCUUAGAAUCCCUACAGUGUAGAAGCAGGCCAUUCAACCCUCCGAGGCUACAGCAACUCUCCAAGAGCAUCCCAUCUUGACCCCUGACCACCUCCCCUCUCCGACCUUGAAAUCUGCCAUCCUUACUUAAUCUGGCAUACUUGUGACUGCAGUCUCACAGGAACAUGAUUGGUUCUCAGCCAAUUCAAACUAGUCAGUUCAAGGGCAGUCAGGGAUAGGCAACAAAUGCCAGCCUUGACAGCAACACCCAAGUCCCAUCCAAGAAUGCAUAUCAAAACCUAGCCAGUACAUCUCAAGCAUGAUGGAGUCAGCAGCACAGUGGCACGGUUGUGAGCACUGGUGCCUCACAGUGCCAGGGACACAGGUUCAAUUCCAGCUUUGGGUGACUGUGUGAAGUGUGCACAUGUCGAUGUGGGUUUCUGCUGGGUGCACUGGUUUCCUCCCAUGAUGCAAAGCUGUGCAGGUUAGGUGGAGGCCCCACAGAGUGUAGAGUUGUGCAGGCUGGGUGGAUUAGCUAUGGGAAAUGCAGAGAUAUGUCGAUUAAGGUGGGCUUUGAACAAUUUGUUUCAUUCGCCUAGUGACACGAUUGUAAGAAUCUUCGUCAUCAUCAGCAAUAACUUCAGUAUUGUUAGUCCAGAAGUAAAUGUCAAAAAUAUUUACUUUUCAACGUUUUCCAAAUGGCUUUUAGACAAUGUUCCAAUCAAGAUCCUUGCACAAUCUGCAGCCCAUGAGCAUAAUGUCUUUAUGGAAUCCUUAGUGUGAAACAGGCCCUUCAGCCCAACAAGUCCGCACCGACCCUCCGAAGAGUAUCCCACCCAGACCUAUUAUCCUACCCUAUUACUCUACACUUCUCCUGACUAAUGCACCGGUCUGAACACCAAGGGUAAUUUAACAUCUAACCUGCACAUUUUUGGACUGUGGAAGGAAACCGCAGCACCUGAGGAAACCCACGCAGACACAGGGAGAAUGUGCAAACUCCACACAGACAGGUUGGAAUCGAACCCGGGUCCCUGGCACUGUGAGGCAGCAGUGCUAACCACUAAGCCACCCUUGCGAGUGAAGAUGCUCACAUAUUUCCAUCAAUCAUUUCAAAUUUUUCAGAGAUUUAUUUGUACACACCUCCAAGGGAUGAACAGCCCUUCAGAAUGACCAGGAGUAAUGACCACAUCAGUUGCUGCCACAUCAUGACAAGUUAGCAUUUGAACAUGUCCCAGUCAAGCAAGCCUUUCUCUUUGGAUUGACCUUCUCAUCUCAAAUUCCACACUCUGAUCCUCUCCUUGCAAUUGCCUUCAUUCAGACAUUGUCAUGGAAUGUGCAAUGACAUCUUUCCAAAACUCCCCUUAGAAAUAUUCAAAGUGAAUUGACUUUAAAUUUUGUGCCAUCGUCAAACAAGUUGGAAGUCGUUUGCACCAAGCCUCUUGUGGCCACUUUUCAGAGGGACAGUUUAUUUCACCAGUGUUGGCCAUGCUCCUGUUUACUGGCAUUUUGAAGUUCAUUGCUAACCACUGUGCCACCCCUAUAAAUUUUUUUUAUUUUGUUUUAGAUUACUCAGUGUGGAAACAGGCCCUUCAACCCAACAAGUCCACCCCAACCCACCGAAGCGCAACCCACCCAGACCCAUUUCGCUCUGUCUAAUGCACCUAACACUAUGGGCAAUUUAGCAUGGUGAAUUCACCUAACCUGCACAUUUUUUUGGACUGUGGGAGGAAACCCACGCAGACACGGGGAGAAUGUGCAAACUCCACACAGACAGUUGCCUGAGGUGGGAAUUGAACCUGGGUCUCUGGUGCUGUGAGGCAGCAGUGCUAACCACUGUGCCAGCAUACAGCAAAUUUAGCAACUCCAUCUCUCUUUGAUUCUCCCAGGGCAUGACAAUUCUGCUCAUUAACACAUUCUUCAACUUAUAUUUCCACUGAAACCUCUUGUUCAGUUUUUCUGUUCGCCUCUUCAGCAUUUUCUAGUAUGUUUGCCACCAGUUUCCAAAUGUUUUCUUGCAAACACGGUGACUGCCAGCAUUAGGCAGCACGAGGCUGAAAUCAAGAAUUUUGCACUGGCCAUUUUAUGCGCACUUUACGUUCCAAAAUGUUGUACCAUGAAAGGACUUGACUUGUGAUGUACCUGUAACAGUUACAUCCUGGGUAAUAGAGAGAAUGGGAAAAUCACUUCCAAAUGCAAUCCUGCAUCACUCAUGUUACAUUUGUGCAGCUGGGAACACCUGAACAUCAAUAUUGUUUUGUGACUGACAUAAUAGCCUCAAAAAUCAAGGCUGAGAGAAGCCAAUUAGGCCCUCUCUAAACUGAGCAGUUUUGGAGAGGAGUGACAAUAGUACUUGAUGGUUUUGCACACUGUCAUAUUGUGGAAUAUUUCCCAACAAUGUAUAACAGACUUUCUGCCAGCUGUGAUUGUCACUUUGACAUCAGAUUAAUGAGCACAUUGAGAGCAUCAAAAGGUAUGAUGUUAAUCAAAUACUCUCUAGGUAACAGCAUUAAAAAGGCCACCAAUGAUAGAUAUGUCUCUACAUUGAAUUACCUUGGAUUUAUGACACAGGAUCAGGCCAUUCGGCCCAUCCAGCCUAUUUUGGUGUCUGUACUUCAUUCCAGCCUGCUGCCAUAUUUCUCAUCUAAAUUUGCUGGUGCUUUGUUUCCUCUUCUGUCUUUUGUUUGUUUAGCUUCUCUGUUUGUGUGGCAGCGAUUUCCAGUUUUCUCCCCUCACUGAAUUAAGGAAUUGUUGCUGAACUCCUGAUUGCAUUUUCUGGUAACUGUCUUGUAUUGACAGCCUCUAAUUGUGCUCUUCCAUGUGAGAGGAAAUGCUCACUCUGUGUCCCCUCAAUCAAAAUCCCCCAUCAUUUAAAAGACCUCAGUGAGGUCACUCCUCAGCUUUCUCUACCUGUCAUUCCUUUUCUGAUGGGAACACCCACACAUUACUGGGAUCAUCUGUAUAGGUCCUCUCUGCACUCUACGUAACCCUUGAAAGGUGAUGAAUGUGUUGACUGGAAGUGAAAUCUAGCUUCCAGAAAAUUCAGUGUUACAGAAAUAUUUUGAGGCAAAUAUUGCUCUCAAUUAACUUCUUGAUGAUAAAUUUCCUGUGCAUAUCACUUUGGUUUAUCCCUCAAUCGCUCGAGGAAGGAGUUGUUAGUUAUUUGCAACUGAGGAAGUCAUGGUUCUGUAAAUGUUAGAUUCUCAGGAGCCACCACUUAUAGUUAUCCUGUACAGAAAAGACUGCCACUUGAAUAUAUGACCACAGUUGUGGUCAGGGUUUGGAUUUCCUGACCAUUGCUUUUUGUAAGGGUGGUGUUUAAGAGUGUAUAAGGAUGGUUAAAAUAGUGGCGUGUACGUGUUUGUGAUUGUACGAAUGGCUUUCAGAAAAAAAAUCUGAUUAGCACCUUAGCAAAUACAUUCUGUAUUUGGACAUCUGCAUGACAGACAAAACUCAAAGUUCGUUUUCUGUUCGUUUUCCAUUUCAGAUGGGUUUCGCUGAGAGUAGGGAGAUAAAUAUUCAGCACAUGACAGAUUCAUUGAAUGAGAUAAGGCUGUUCCCACAGUGUCUCCAUUUGAGGCUUGAGUCUGGUUAUUAAAAAGUUCAUACCUGCCUUCAAUAGUUUCUUGGGUCCUGAAUUUUCUAGCUGCUAACUAGGAAGGCAUUGCUGCACUUUUGAUAGCAAAUUUUCAAGCCUCCAUAAAUUACCCGAUCAACGUUUGCAUAGGCCUGACGUUUCUCAUUAUAGCUGAUUUUCUGAGAUUUGCAAUUUCCGUAAGGAUAGCAAACCAGGCUUCACACAAUGUUACAGCGCAAGGGGCCUUUUGUGUCUUUGAGUCCUGUCAAAGAUUCACCUGUGGCUGUGUUAAAUGCCAGCAAGGUUUUAGACGAGGCACAUUACAACCUUCUGGACUUAAUAUUGAGUUCAGCACCUUCAGAUAGUGAACCCACUCCCACUUCUUCCCUUUUAGCUUUACUUAGAGUCACAGAGAUGUACUAGGAGAAAGUGAGGACUGCAGAUGCUGGAGAUCAGAGUCGAAGAGUGUGGCGCUGGAAAAGAACAGCCAGCAUCUGAGAAGCCGGAGAAUCAACAGUUUGAGUAGAUUAGAUUAGACUUACAGUGUGGAAACAGGCCCUUUGGCCCAACAAGUCCACACCGACCCGCCGAAGCGCAACCCACCCAUACCCUUACAUUUACCCCUUACCGAACACUACGGGCAAUUUAGCAUGGCCAAUUCACCUGACCCGCACAUCUUUGUGACUGUGGGAGGAAACCGGAGCACCCGGAGGAAACCCACGCAGACACGGGGAGAACGUGCAAACUCCACACAGUCAGUCGCCUGAGUCAGGAAUUGAACCCGGGUCUACAGGCGCUGUGAGGCAACAGUGCUAACCACUGUGCCACCGUACCGCCCUUCAUCAGAAAUG